AUGUCAUUGCCAACACUGGAGGGACCGAUUGAUGAACAGUUCGGCCAACUGAGCGCAUUCCCCUUACCCGAAGGUGACACAGUGGACCAGGAUACUCAGGAUGCAUACACAUACUUGGCAUCAGUGAGGAAACAAGCUGAAUCCGAAACUUCGGUGUUCUACUCCGUUCGAAGAGAUCUACUUGCUUUGGAAGACGGUGAACAAAUAGGGAAUGACACUAAAGAGUUAUACAGCGAUCAACAUAACAGUAAGAACAAUGAAAAAGAGAUCGAACCUUUAGUUCAAUGGCAGUUCAAUUUCCAAACGGAAUUUAAGUCGAUUAAAGCAGAAUUAACUCAACUUCAAAGAUUAGGUCGACUAACUCCUCGGUCGUGGCCAGAACCUAUUCCUUCGACAGGAAAACAAUGGCGCACAGCGAUGCUCGACCAAAGUCCACCACCAAUUGCACAUUUUUUCUCGUUAGAUCAUUCUACAACCUUGCGACUAGUGGUGUAUGCCACCAAAUGGUUGAGUACUGGAACCCGAAUAUCGUUGUCGAAAUGGAUCUGGUGCCUACUAAUUCGUCUAGAUACUCCUCUCGACGCAAGUGAUACUUCAAUUAUAAGAGAAUUAGGUGUCAAAGCUCUAAAGCUAUGGGAGAAAACUAAUGGUGGUGUAGGGGUGUCCCCUACGGCCAAACACUGUUGGGCGAUGAUCGUUACAAUUGUGGGGUCGUACUAUCGCCAGAGCGACUUGGCUCUCGCACGAACAAAAUAA